AUGCAAAUUAUAUUCAAGGAUUUCAAGAAACAGACCGUGUCACUUGAUGUGGAAUUGACUGAUACUGUUUUAUCAACAAAAGAGAAAUUGGCCCAGGAAAAAAGUUGUGAAUCAUCUCAAAUCAAAUUAGUUUAUUCUGGUAAAGUUUUACAAGAUGAUAAAGAUUUACAAUCAUAUAAACUUAAAGAAGGAGCAUCAAUAAUUUUUAUGAUUAAUAAAACGAAAAAGACUCCUACUCCAGUACCUGAAACUAAAAGUACUACUGGAACUUCUAAUGUCGAAAAUAAAUCAACUACAGAAUCAAGUACUCAAAACAAAGCUCAAGGUUCUACUAAUGAAUCAACAACAACAACAUCAUCAUCAUCAGCACCUGCACCAGCACCUGCAGGAGCUACCACAACUACAUCUGAGCAACAACAACCACAACCAGCAGCAUCUAAUGAAUCUACAUUUGCUGUAGGUAGUGAAAGAGAAGCUAGUAUUCAAAAUAUUAUGGAAAUGGGUUAUGAAAGACCACAAGUUGAAGCUGCAUUAAGAGCCGCAUUUAAUAAUCCUCAUCGUGCUGUUGAAUAUUUAUUGACUGGUAUUCCAGAAUCUUUACAACAUCCAGUAGCUCCAGCACAACCACCAGCAACAGGAACAGCACCAGCACAGCAAACUGAAGGUAAUACAUCAGAAAGUGGUCAACAAGGUGAAGAUGAAGAACAUGAAGGCGAUGAAUCUACUCAACAUGAAAAUUUAUUUGAAGCUGCUGCUGCUGCUGCUGGAGCUGGUGCCGGUGGAGCUGGUUCAGGAGCUGGAGCUGGAGCCGGAUCAGCCGAAGGUGAUAUUGGUGGAUUAGGUGAUGAUCAACAAAUGCAACUUUUAAGAGCUGCAUUACAAUCCAAUCCAGAAUUGAUUCAACCAUUAUUAGAACAACUUGCUGCUUCAAAUCCUCAAAUUGCUAAUUUGAUUCAACAAGAUCCAGAAGCAUUUAUAAGAAUGUUUUUAUCAGGAGCUCCUGGUUCUGGUAAUGAUUUAGGAUUUGAAUUUGAAGAUGAAAGUGGUGAAACUGGUGCUGGCGGUGCUGCUGCUGCUGCUACUGGUGAAGAUGAACAAGGUACUAUUCGUAUUCAAUUGAGUGAACAAGAUAACAAUGCCAUCAAUAGAUUAUGUGAACUUGGAUUUGAACGUGAUAUUGUUAUUCAAGUGUAUUUGGCUUGUGAUAAGAAUGAAGAAGUUGCUGCUGAUAUUUUGUUUAGAGAUAUGUAA